GUGAAACAGAAGAAGCUAAACAGGGAUUGAAAGAGCAGAAAGAAGCCGGUACGGGGAUUUUUGCUGUGUCGUCCAGUAGUACAAGUAGUACUCUAGAGAACUACAAGGAGGAAAACAAAAACGACAACAUAGUAGAUGAACAUGAAGAUGAACAAAACUCAUCACAGAGUCAGCGUUUUCGUCGUGAGAAGCAAAAGGUUAACUUCAUUCUUCAACGAGCUUUUUCCCAACUUUCUCCUGAAGAACAAGUAGGCCAAAUCCAAC